CCGUGUGCCGCCGCCGCCGCCACCGCCGCCGCCGUCGCCGCCGCGUUCGCUUGGCUGCUGCUGCCGCUCCGGGGCUGCAUUGGCGGCGUUAGCCGCGCGAGGGGAAGGGGGGAGCGGCGGAGCGUGCGUGCGCGGGGGUCCCCGCAGUCCCAGCAGUUCCUCUCGCGCGGGGUGGGCAGUCGGGGGAGGCCCUGGACGGCGCCAUGUCGGCGGGCGGCCCGUGCCCGGCCGGAGCCGGAGGGGGCCCCGGGGGCGCCGCCUGCGCCGUGGGGGUCUCCCCCGGCGGGGUAUCCAUGUUCCGGUGGCUGGAGGUGCUGGAGAAGGAGUUCGACAAGGCCUUCGUGGAUGUGGAUCUGCUCCUGGGUGAGAUCGACCCGGACCAGGCGGACAUCACUUACGAGGGGAGACAGAAGAUGACCAGCCUGAGUUCCUGCUUUGCGCAGCUCUGCCAUAAAGCCCAGACGGUGUCCCAGAUCAACCACAAGCUGGAGGCACAGUUGGUGGAUCUGAAAUCUGAACUGACAGAGACCCAGGCAGAGAAAGUUGUGUUGGAGAAAGAAGUCCACGAUCAGCUUUUACAGCUGCACUCCAUCCAGCUUCAGCUCCAUGCUAAAACUGGUCAGAGUGUUGACUCUGGUACCAUUAAGGCAAAACUGUCUGUCCCCUCUGUGGAGGAGCUGGAGAGAGAACUGGAAGCAAACAAAAAAGAAAAAAUGAAAGAAGCUCAACUUGAAGCUGAAGUGAAGUUGUUGAGAAAAGAGAAUGAAGCCCUUCGUAGACAUAUAGCUGUUCUCCAGGCUGAAGUUUAUGGGGCAAGACUGGCUGCCAAGUACUUGGAUAAGGAACUGGCAGGAAGGGUCCAACAAAUACAAUUACUAGGGCGAGAUAUGAAGGGACCCGCUCACGAUAAGCUUUGGAACCAGUUGGAAGCUGAAAUACAUUUGCAUCGUCACAAAACUGUGAUCAGAGCCUGUAGAGGACGAAAUGACCUGAAACGACCAAUGCAAGCCCCUCCAGGCCACGAUCAAGACACUCUAAAGAAAAGCCAGGGUGUUGGUCCAAUUAGAAAAGUUCUCCUCCUUAAGGAAGAUCAUGAAGGCCUUGGCAUUUCAAUUACAGGUGGGAAAGAACAUGGUGUUCCAAUCCUCAUUUCUGAGAUCCACCCAGGGCAACCUGCUGAUCGAUGCGGAGGACUACAUGUUGGAGAUGCUAUUCUGGCUGUUAAUGGAGUUAACCUAAGGGACACAAAGCAUAAAGAAGCUGUAACCAUUCUUUCCCAGCAGAGAGGAGAGAUUGAAUUUGAAGUAGUUUAUGUGGCUCCUGAAGUGGAUUCUGAUGAUGAAAAUGUAGAGUAUGAAGAUGAGAGUGGACAUCGCUACCGUUUGUACCUUGAUGAGUUAGAGGGAGGUGGUAAUCCUGGAGUUGGUUGCAAAGACACGAGUGGGGAAAUCAAAGUAUUGCAAGGAUUUAAUAAGAAGGCAGUAACUGAUGGACAUGAAAAUGGAGACCUGGGAACUUCAAGUGAAACUCCCGUAGAAGACAGUGCUUCUAAACUAGACGACUUGCACAGUCUGUAUCACAAAAAAUCAUACUAAAUUAGACUGUACCUCUGGACAAGAAUGUUGAUCAGACUCUUCCGAGUUUGGGGCACUAGGGAAACGGUGACAAAGACAUAUAAAGAUCAAGGGAGGCUUGUAGCCUAAAUGAAAGGCGGGUACCUCAGGGCUUCAUGUGAACAAUUCUAAAUGCAUAAAACUCCCUGUUUUCUGUGGUAUACCAUAAUUAGCUAUUGCAUGUAAAGCGACUUUGAUUUUCUUAAAAAUGUAAAGCACCAAAGCAUGUGUUUCCCAAAGGGGUAUUACUAGGCUCUUAAGUACCAAAUGAAGCACUACUGUUUUAUUUGGCUCCUUUUCCAUUUAGUAGAAGGACCGUGCUAACCGGAAUUUUAUAAGAAAUAGCCUUUAAAUACAAGAGAAUAAAUGAAUUCAUAUUAUAUAUUCCAGAAUGUUAAGUGUGGUAUUUCAGAGACAGAACUUAAUGAAUUACAGAAAUGUAGGCUUGACUUAAUUUUUUUUAACUAAAAGAAUGGUUUUAGUUUUUUUUUUAAUUUAUUGUGCAUCCUGAUAUCUAAAUCAGUUCUCAAUGAUCAUUUAUUGUAAUGUUUGCCUUUCAGCUUUAUUCAAUGCAGUACAAAAUAGUUUUCUUUAAGCAAUCCUUUAUCAAUCAAUGCUGCACUAGAAAUACUUCCUGAAAAGUUAUCGUACAUUGUCUUUCCUGGUUUUUAAAAGAAAUGCAGAUGAGUAUAAAAUAUCUGUUCUCAAUUAUGUUGAUCUAUGUGCAUGGUAUUGAAGCAUUACAUUAUUAAUGUUUAAACUCUGAUUUUUUUUUUCUGGGAUCCACAAAAUACAGUUUUAUACAUUUUGAGUUGUUCAUAAAGUUUGUCUUGUUGUGAUAGUCUUGGCACUUAACGAUAUGUCUUUUCUGGCAGUAAAAGCUCAAAUUUGUCAGUUAUUAUAUGUUUGGUCCACACAGCAGUUUUGUCUCAAAGUAUCUUAUUCGCCAGUCAUCUAAAAAGCUGAGGCACUGGUGGGCAAGUUAAGAUAGAGAUGUUUUGAUACAGUAAUUAUUUUGGUUGACUUUUCAUCUCUCAGUGUUUGCCUGACUUAAAUCCUCUCAUAUGCAAACUACAGAUUUGUUAGUUCUCUUAUCCCAGGAUUAAGCACGGAAGGCCUGCUCUCUUACUCUUUGUAGGCCAUUGUACGCUGCUGGGGAAAGUGAAAACAUUGCAUUAAAGAGGUGAUAAUUUUGCCAAUA